ACGAAGAAGAAAAAAAAAAUAACAGCUAGCGAGCGGCACACUGAAAUUUCUUCUUGGAACAAAGUAAACUUCACUCUGCUUUCUACAAACAUGUCUAAAGUCCAACAGCUGAGGGAUAAGUUGAGACUCCGGCUCACAGCUGAUGACAAAGAAAUAUUUGAGUUGUUUGAAGGAGUGGUCUCAGAAUAUGAAGGCGUGAUCGCAGACUAUGAAGAAGAAAUUUGUUCUUUAAAAGAAGAGAACAAAGGAUGGAAAGAGCUGGCUACAGUUUUUAAUCCUCAAGUUUGCUUAUACAGAGCAGACCCGCAGCAGCUGUUGGUGAAUAAAGAUGAUGUUAUCCCUGAGCACCAGGAACAUACAAUGAAUCUAGUCCAAAAUGACUCUAGGCCUACAAAUAUUAAAGUGGAACAGAAGGAACUCUGGGUCAGUCAGGAGGGAAAGCAGCUUCAUGGGUUGAGGGAGGCUGACAUCACAAAGUUCCCUUUCACUGUUGUCUCUGUGAAGAGUGAAAAUGAAGAUGAAAAACCACAGUCAUCACAGGUUCAUCAAAGCCAAAGGGACGAGAGCACAGAGGCUGAGCCUGUAGCCAGCAGCUCAACUGCACACAGAACACUGACAACACAAGUGGACUGUAAGGGCUAUGGAGAACGGCAACCAGCCAGCAACUCCGGUCCAGACAGUCCUUUACAACCAAAUACCAGUGGUAGCAGUUUAGACAGUUCUGAAACUGACAGUUACAAAUGGAAGCAGAUCAAAAAAUGUAGUUCAGGUUUUAACUGUCUGAAAAACAGCAAAGUCUCUGUUGGUCAUAAUGGGUCCAAAAAGCUUAGGAAACAACUUAAUUGCUGUGAAUAUAGAAAAGAUUGUUGUCACAAGAACUAUUUAAAGAGACAAAAGGGAAGGCAACAUAGUGAGAAACCAUUUUGGUGUUCUGAGUGUGGGAAAAGAUUUGGAAACAAAUGGAAUCUGAACAGACACAUAAAAAUUCAUACAGGACAGAAACCAUUUAGGUGUUCUGUCUGUGGGAAAAGAUUUGUAGAGAAUUGUGAUCUGAAUAAACAUAUGAAAAUUCAUUCAGGACAGAAGCCAUUUGGCUGUUCUGAGUGUGGUAAAAGAUUUGGACUGAAGAGCUAUUUGAGCAAACAUGUGAUAAUUCAUACAGGACAGAAACCGUUUAACUGUUCCGAGUGUGGUAAAGGAUUUGGGCAGAAGAUCAGUCUGAUCAGACACAUGAUGAUUCAUACAGGGCACCUGGCAUUGUUAAAAUCCCAAAUUUUUGGUUGAAAGCAUUGACAGUCCAGGCAAUGGGUGAAAUAAUUGCUCAAAAGGUGAUAAAAGCAUGAAAUUUGACAUGGGUUCUCUUUGGGUGGCACUUAACAAAUCCAGAUAUGGAUGGAAGUCAGAGCGCUUAAUUUUUUAGCAACAGUUGCUCGGCAGACAGUCUUGAUAACGGGUCACUUUUUGAUGUUUGAAGUUGCCAUAUGAUAAUUGAGUCAGAUUAGCCAAUAAAUUAUUUCAUUGCAAUUGUUACCUUGGUUCAUCACUUUCUUUAACACUUUUAUUUCAUUAGCAAUAUUUGAUGAACUCCAAGGCAACGCUCUAAAGACAUCAUUUACAAUCAAAAUAAGUUACAAAUUACUCUACAGUUGCUAAAGUGGGACUAAAAAGAUACAAACCUUUAUUUUGUUAAUGUUAGUCAGGUACAUAGUCUAAGAAUUAUCAUUCCUUGCAAUACUUCACUCAUCCAUGUAUAUAAAUUUCCCUCGAUGCCACCGAUUCUCAGGAUACCUGAGCAUAUCACAUCCAGUGAAGUUUGAUCGAGCUCCCCCUUGAUUGUCUUUAAAUAUCAGUUGGAGAAAAUAUUCUUAUUUCUUAGCUUUAGUUUGUUCAUUACCUCUGCCAAGGAGGUAAUGGUGUAGUUCAUGCAGUUUCUCUUUAUAAAUACAUUUGCUGAAGAUCUAAGGGUUUAACCCUCUGGGGGCGAGCAAGCUUUACUAAAUU